UCAAAUAAUACACUUUUUUUCUCAACUCUCUCUCUCUCUCUCUCUCUCUCUCCCUCCCUGCCAACUAAACGCCUCAAAGCUUAAAAACAAAACAAGAGAGAGAGACAGCAGCUGAACUAAUUUCCUCUUCACCCCACCCCCAAAUUAAGGACUUUCACGAGCAAAUCAAUUCAGACAUUUUCAAGAUUUGGGGCCUCAUGAAAGGAAUUUGAAUCCUCAAACGAAAUACACAUUUGGAAAAACUGAGAGGUUGGAGAAAGGGUAGGAUGAGUUCGAAGAAUGGAGGACCUUCUACUCCGAUUCUUCGGAGAGAUCCAUAUGAGGUUUUGAGUGUUACGCGGGAUUCCACUGAUCAAGAAAUUAAGACAGCUUACCGCAAACUUGCACUCAAGUAUCAUCCGGACAAAAAUGCCAAUAACCCUGAAGCUGCUGAUCUUUUUAAGGAGGUUGCUUAUUCUUAUACUAUCUUGUCUGAUCCUGAGAAGAGAAGGCAAUAUGAUGCUGCAGGAUUUGAGGCUCUUGAUGCUGAGGGCAUGGAUAUGGAAAUCGAUUUAUCAAACCUUGGAACAGUCAACACUAUGUUUGCUGCCUUGUUCAGUAAGCUGGGGGUUCCUAUCAAGACAACCAUCUCUGCUAAUGUUCUGGAAGAAGCACUAAAUGGAACUGUGACUGUCCGCCCACUUCCUGUUGGAACUUCAGUUAAUGGAAAGGUAGAUAAGCAGUGUGCCCACUUCUUUAGCGUGAGUAUAAAUGAGGAGCAAGCACAGGCAGGCAUUGUAGUCCGUGUCUCUUCUGCUGCCCAAAGCAAAUUUAAGUUGCUUUACUUUGAACAAGAUGCAAAUGGAGGUUAUGGCCUAGCAUUACAGGUUACUCUCUUUAUUGUUAUUGUUGUUGACUUGUUGUACCCAAUGGUUCUAAUUCACAAGGAGACCAAGGAGGAUAGUGAAAAGACAGGCAAGGUGACAUCUGCUGGGAUGUAUUUCUUGCAUUUUCAAGUAUAUAGGUUGGAUUCAACUGUAAACGCUUUAGCUAUCGCCAAGGAUCCUGAAGCUGCUUUCUUUAAAAGAUUAGAGGGUCUACAACCUUGUGAGGUCUCAGAACUGAAACCGGGCACCCACAUUUUUGCUGUCUAUGGUGAUAACUUUUUUAAACCCGCCUCAUACACGAUAGAAGCACUUUGCGCAAAGACUUUUGAAGACACAACAGAGAAGCUGAAAGACAUUGAGGCCCAAAUCUUGAGAAAAAGAAAUGAACUCCGUCAAUUUGAAUCAGAGUAUAGAAAGACGUUGGCUCGUUUUCAAGAAGUGACAAACAAAUACAACCUAGAAAAACAGUCUGUCGAUGAGCUACUAAAGCAACGAGACAGUAUUCAUUCUGCUUUUACUGUUGUCAGAACACUAAGUAGUCAUGGGAGUAGUAGCAAUUUGGCCAAUGGGAAUACAUGUAAGACCUCAGUUGAAGAUGGCAAGUCGGAAAGCCCUAGCGAAGAUGGAGGUUCUGAUGGAAAAGACAAAUCAUCCCGCAGGAGGUGGUUCAAUCUCAAUCUUAAGGGUUCUGAUAAAAAGCUUGGGUGAUCUCUUCGGGAUAUACGCAAUAAUUUCAUUCUUGAUCAUCUGGUGAGCAGCAGGCAAUUGCUUUAUUUGCCUUUCAGUGGUUAUCUUGUAGUCGUCGCAUAGUCUACCAAGUACAGAGGGGUACAUACAAAAAGAUGGAAGGGAUUUUGUUUGUAAAGAGCUUUUAGAGUUCUUUAGAUUAAUUUCCCUUGCUGAUGUAUUUGCAUCAUCGCAUGUUUGUUAUUUAUUGUUGAAGUGAGAUAUUUUUUUAUGGUUUAUGCUGUAGAUAUUAUAAAAGUGAGUUUGAGGUUUUGUUGUAAUUAUGAAUUAUUCAUUAUUGGUCACUUUAUGAGCACUGUCCACCAAGAAA